CCGCGAGCGCUUCUUUGGGCUGACCAUCGUGAUGUAGGUGGCUCCUGCGCCGGCUGUUGGGAUGAACACUGCAAUGGGAUCAUUUUAGCUUAACCCUCUUCGUAUGCUUGCGUUGGCUUUCAGCCACAGAGGUGAUCACAACGAGCAGCUCCUAUCCAAUGUGGGGGGCGGAGUGGUGUGCUCAGGCUCAGGAGGCCGUCCCUGCGUUCUAUGAAGGAGUGGGUUCCGUUCUUGCGGCUUGCUAAUCGGUUUCCAUGGCUGCCUGUCUGCCUUGGUGCGGAAGGGAACGAGAGGCGUGUGCGUGCAGGUUUCCUUCCAGGAACGUGAUGAGACAUGUCGUCAGUUGCGGGACACUGAAGGGUGCGACCUAUUAGACUAAGGUGCCGUUCUCCUGAGGCUGACUGUUUUGUCAGUGCAUGCCUGGACAUCUCAUCGAAAUGUACUUCCCUUUCAUCCCUGUUUCAUCUCUAACGGCAACGCCAAGUUCUUGAAUGUGUGUGUGUGUGUGUGUGUGUGUGUGUGUGUGUGUGCGUGUGCGUGUGUGUGCGUGCGCUUGUGUGUGCGUGCGUGUGCGUGUGUGUGCAAGUGUGGAAAGUGUGUGUGUGUGUGUGUGUGUGUGUGUGAGAGAGAGAGAGAGAGAGAGAGAGAGAGAGAGAGAGAGAGAGAGAGAGAGAGAGAGAGAGAGAGAGAGAGAGAGAGAGAGAGAGAGAUGUAGUGGUGGGACGGGGGAAUAGCAAGACGGAGAGCGAUGAAUCCACAACGAGGCUUUGCUGGAGCAGUCGUCAAGGAAGAGGUGGAAGAGUAUGAUGCUGGUGUUGAAGUUACGCAGUAUGCACCCGGAAACGGUGGCGUGGCUGUCCCGACGGUGGGUGGAGGAAGGGGAAGAGGCGCGGGAAGGGGAAGGGGCAGGGGGAGAGGUAGGGGAAGGAUGGUAGUGAGAGGAGUGGGAAGGGGAACAGGAGGCGGUCGAGCGAACAAGUUAGGAGAGAGAGGAAGGUUAAGAAUGAGCGCAAGGGGCACUGCGGUUGGCAAAAAACUUGGAAAAGGUGGCAGGGGGGGAGGAGGACGAGGACGAGGAAGAGGAAGAGGAAGAGGAAGUAGGUUGAUACAGGAAGAUAUACGCGUGGAUAUGGAAGCUGGACGGCGGGGAAUGGUUGCAGAUUCAAUUCCUGAGAUCAAAACGGAGGUCGAGGAGGAGGAGGAUAACAAGGAGAGGGUUCUGGCGCGCAUGUUGGUGCUUGGUCUACAGCGGACCGAAGCGACCGGCAGUGGAGGUGCCACUACCGUGCACACAAAGGCAAACGGGGAGGUUUUCGGGGGGGAUGCCGAACGGCGAAGCAUUCACGGGGGGACGGCGGUUAUGGGCCGAGGAGGGCGGGCACGGGGCCGAGGGCGCGGGAGAGGGAGGGGAAGGGGACAAGGGAAGGCGCCGACAAAGAAGGUCUCGGUGGGAAGGGGGCGGGCGGUAGAGAGAGUAAUGGGGGUCGGAAGAGGAAGAGGUAGCAGAUCAUCGGGCAAAGCAGCAGGUAUAGGAAGAGGGCAAGGUGCGAUAAGAGGACGCGCAGGAACCGGCGUGGAAGUUGGGGUGUCAGAUGGGGAGGGAUUAAGGAUAGGAGGUACAAAGAUGGAGAGGGCGGACGAUGGAACAACGGAACAGACAGGAGAAGCAGGGUCUCAGAGGGGGAUAGUAAAGAGGCAGCCCGUUGAGAGACCUCUGAGAGGGGGCGUGAUAAGGAGAGCGGCAGUACAACGAUGGGUCCGAAAGGGGGGCUCGGUGGGCAAAGCGGCUGAUGGGAGAGUCGGAAAGGGUUCCAUAAAGGUAGUCUCGGGAAGAAUGGGAGUGAAGGAGGGGACGGGAAGAGGACUGGGAAGAGGACUGGGAAGAGGACUGGGAAGAGGAGGGGCAGGAAGGGGGAGAUCAGCAACGAGUCGAGGUGUCGCGAGAAAAACUGCCGGGAGGGGCAGAGGUAGAGGUGGAAGGGGAAGAGGAGAGGACAUGGCGACGAGGGAGGGCAGGUGUGGGAGAAGUGUCGGGAGCAGCAACAUGGCAGCAGCGAUGACAGCGAGGAAAAGGCGAGACAGAAGAGAAACAGUAUCCGGCUACGACGGCAAUGAGCAGGGGGAGGAGGCGGAGGAAGAAGGUUCGGCUGCAAUGAAUUCUGAACAGGUACAGACAGCAAGUGCCGGUAGAGCACGCAAAAGAAAACUGCGAGAAGGUUUGGUCGAGGCAGAAGGAAGCGCAGCGGAGAGAACACGCAGGACCGCAGCGAACGGUAAAGAGUCCUUGCUGCUGGAUCCAGGCAGUUUGCGGGUGAUAUCGGGAAGGUCUACUGUUCGGCAGAAGCUACCUGAACAGAGACCUGAACAGAUCAGCCUUCUCGAAGACCUAAUUCUGCCGUUAGGCUAUUGCUGGCGCCCCGGUGCUCGUUAUGGAUAGAUAUAUAGAUGGAUGAAUAGAUGGAUAGACAGAGAGAUAGACAGAUCGACAUAAGCAUCGUUUAUGGGAUGAAAAGCACUUGAACCAAUCUGUCAAUGAAGGGAGGAAGCAAGGGUGGGAUGGAAGAAAGCAGUCAAUGAAGGAAGAGAGGUAGUGUUAAAGCAGGGGAUGAUUGAUUCCCCGUGCUGUUGGCGAUUAUUCAUGUUGGAGAGGGACUCACCCCUGUAGGGGUUUUGAAUUACCAGAGGACAGAGACCGAGGACGUAAUGACGAGGAGAACAUGAUGGUGUAGCUUCCUUUUCUGAAACGGCCUUGGAUAUCCCCUAGGUGAUGCGUGGCGGCUGUGGCAUGAACUGGGUGAUGGGAUGCAGUCGCGGUUGGUGAUUACAACGGCAGUUCAGGUAGGUGAAGGGGAAUUGCGAUUGUGUACCUGUCUUUCCAUUCAUCUCCCUUCUCCGUACAUGUUGGGCCCCUUUUUACGGCAAGACAAGAUUGCUGGGCAGCAAAAUCAAACAGAGUGAGGACGAAGCCUGACUUUUGUUCAAGUGCCGAGCAGAAUUUCCACCGUAUUCUUCACGCCACGUGCAUGAGACGAUGGCAGGAGCGAAUUCCUAGCGGCAGUUUAUUCCGGCGGAAUCAGUGUUGUUGGAUCGCUGCUAGAUUUAUCGAUCGGUCGCUCCAUUGAGUGGAUAAUCACCGAUUGAUUGAUUGCUUUGACCAAAUGAUCGAUCGAUUGGUCGAUUGGAUGGGACGAGUCGCAGAUUGAUGGAUGGAAUAGGGCGGGUGGUUAGUCGAGUGGUCCCAAGAGUGAAAUCCGUUGCCUAUUGAUCCAUAGCAGUUAAGUUUGGAUGAUUAUCUUGUGGGGAGAUAUUGGGGAUGGGUUGUUAGGAUAAUGAUGUGCUGGCGCGAUUGAUCGGCUGAUCGAUUGAGUUAAUCAAUCGUUUUGUGGUUGACUGAUCGCUUGCUCGCUGGAAAAAGGAGUUAAUUGAUCGACUUCUUUGCCUGUUGAUGUGAAAGGUGUAAAACAACAUUUUCCGUCUAAGCCAACAAAAGCAAACGGAGCGAGGACGAAGCCGGACUUUUGUUUAAGUGCCUUAAACAGUUUUCGAGAAGAAUUUCCACCGUAUUCUUCACGCCACGUGCAUGAGACGAUGUCAGGAGCGAAUUCCUAGCGGCAGUUUUUUUCCGGCGGAAUCAGUGUUGGUGGAUCGCUGCUAGAUUUAUCGAUCGGUCGCUCCAUUGAGUGGAUAAUCACCGAUUGAUUGAUUGCUUUGAUCAAAUGGUCGAUCGAUUGGUCGAUUGGAUGGGACGAGUCACAGAUUGAUGGGUGGAAUAGGGCGGUUGGUUAGUCGAGUGGUCCGAAGUGUGAAAUCCGUUACCUAUUGAUCCAUAGCAGUUAAUUAAGUUUUGCUGAUGAUCGUGUGGGGAGAUGUUGGGGAUGGCUUGUUAGGAUAAUGAUGGCCUGGCGCGAUUGAUCGGCUUAUCGAUCGAGUUGAUCAAUCGUUUUGUGGUUGACUGAUCGCUUGCUCGCUGGAAGAGGAGUAAUUGAUCGACUUCUUUGCCUGUUUUGAUGUGAAAGGUUUAAAACAACAUUUUCCGUCUAAGCUAUCAUGCUUUCUCUCUUUGUUUCAGUGCUGAAAGUUGUGGUUCGUUAGUCGGACUGAUUCAUCUAGUUGUCGGUCGUCGAGGGGGUUCUCACGCGAUCAUCGGAGCUGUAAAAGACUCCUGACGGCUGUUACAUUUCCUGUUAUGCGAGGAGGGUAGCACGGCCCGAUCCAGUCUUCCCCCGAACAUCAGGCAUAGGCGUUGUAAACGAAUGCAACGCAUAGGUUGUUUUCUACUCGAAUACAGCGCACGUGUUCUCUUCGAACGGCCCUUAUUUUUUGGACUCACGUAUAUGCGUUCGAGUCGAAUUGCUGAAUUUUUCG